AUGAACAACUCGUCGCGGAUGUAUGUGCCGGCGCAUAACCAGGAAGAGGAGCCGCCGGCAUAUGAUACGUACGGAGACCCAUACUACACCGAACAUGAUUCUCCUCCGGCAGCAUCCCGUGCGCAUGGAGCUACUAUGCGAUUGCUGCCCACCAGCACAAUUGUAGAAAGUGAUUUGAGUGCCGACACGGGAGUUAGCUCAGAGUACCACUAUGGGGAUCCUUUUGUCGAUGACGGAGACUAUGGCUUCUGGCAUUCCGAUGACCUUGUUUGGUAUCUGCCCUCCGGCGUGGAGCUCCAUACCAUCUCUCCCGUUGUUGACAUGGUCAAUGCUGUUAAAACCGCUGUCUGGGGAAAGCUCAAGUCUGGUGACUGA